CCUGACGUGUGAGUGGGCCGGAGGGCUCCGGCAGGCGCGGGGCUGAGGCGGAGUGACAAAGUUGGCGGGAGCUGCACAGACGCCGCGGCAGCUGCCGACGCCGGGUGUGGGUUCGUGAGGAGCCCUUGGAGCGCAGGCCUGCCUGCUACUCCCAUACCCACCUGCUCCGCGCCUCACGGGGAACGACCCCCAACUAGAUCCAGACGCCCACCUUCGGGGUGGACCCGGCAGGAGUUAAGAAGUUUCCAUUCUUGUGCUCCAAACCAGAAGACCUGUUUUAUAGACUAGAAAUAAUGUUUAAAAGCAACUGGCUGGUGUUUAAAACUGAGGAUUAUCAUGACCUAAGCCCUAUGCUGAAGUAAGAUUAAUUGUCUUGGAAAUACAAAGUUGGGGUAACCCAAAUCUGCAACCAUGAAAAUUUUGCUGGUUUUUGACUUUGACAAUACAAUCAUAGAUGACAAUAGUGACACUUGGAUUGUACAGUGUGCUCCAGGCAAAAAGCUUCCUAUUGAACUACAGAAUUCUUAUCAAAAAGGAUUGUGGACAGAGUUUAUGGGCAGAGUCUUUAAGUAUUUGGGAGAUAAAGGUGUAAGAGAAGAUGAAAUGAAAAGAGCAGUGACAUCAGUGCCUUUUACUCCAGGAAUGGUGGAACUUUUCAACUUUAUAAGAAAGAAUAAGGAUAAAUUUGACUGUAUUAUUAUUUCAGAUUCAAAUUCAGUCUUCAUAGAUUGGGUUUUAGAAGCUGCUAAUUUUCAUGAUGUGUUUGAUAAAGUGCUUACAAACCCAGCAGCUUUUGAUAGCAAAGGUCAUCUCACUGUGGAAAAUUAUCAUGCUCAUUCUUGCAACAGAUGCCCAAAGAAUCUUUGCAAAAAUGUAGCUUUGGCAGAAUUUGUAGGUAAACAGUCACAACAGGUAAUGAGUUAUACACAGAUUGUUUAUAUAGGUGAUGGUGAAAAUGAUGUUUGUCCAAUAACCUUGUUAAAGAAGAAUGAUGUUGCCAUGCCACGGAAAGGCUAUGCCUUACAGAAAACUCUCACCAGAAUGUCUCAAAAUCUUGAGCCUAUGGAAUAUUCUAUUGUAGUGUGGUCCUCAGGUAUUGAAAUAAUGUCCCAUUUACAAUUUCUUAUAAAGGAGUAACAUGCCA